AUGGAUGGGACUAACAAGAUGCCAAGAUGUUCCUCAAUAUCAGAAUGGAUUAAAAAUACACUCUCGCGAACACUGAAAGUUUCAAAUUGUAUCCCAAAGCAUGUCGGGUUUGUGAUGGAUGGAAAUAGACGAUAUGCCAGAAAGAAUGAGAUGGAAAUAAAAGAAGGCCACGAAGCCGGAUUUGAGAGUAUGAGUCGCGUUCUAGAGCUCUGCUAUGAAUCCGGUGUUACUACUGCAACUGUAUUUGCUUUUUCUAUUGAAAAUUUCAACAGAAGUGCAAGAGAAGUCGAUCUAUUGAUGAAACUAGCGCGUGAGAAGAUUAGACAGAUUGCAGAACACGGAGAAAUGGCACAGCGCUAUGGUAUACGAAUUAGAGUUAUUGGAGAUCUAAGUCUCUUACCAAAGAACGUUCUGAAAAGUAUAGAGGAAACCACAGAAUUAACUAAAGCAAACAGCAGAGGUACACUUAACAUCUGUUUUCCAUACACAGGGCGUGAAGAAAUAUUUCAUUCGAUAAAGAAGUCGAUAGAAAUAGCCACCGAUAGCCAGACGAUCACAGAAUCAAUGAUUGAACAACAUCUAUACACUGGAGAACUACCGCAGCUGGAUUUACUGAUAAGAACAAGUGGUGUAACGAGAUUGAGCGAUUUCAUGCUAUGGCAAGUAAGCAAUAAAGGUGUGGUGAUAGAACUCUUUGAUUGCCUAUGGCCUGAAUUUGGACCAAUGAAUAUGGCGUGGAGUUUACUGAAAUUCGCCUUUCGAAAGUAUUUUUCUGUAAAAGACAAUAAGUUGGAGGAGGACUACGAUGAAGAAGACGAGGAACAAGAGGACUCUGUAGAUAAUCGUGAAGCAUAUUCAGUGAAAAAGAAUAUGUAA